AUGAUUGUCUAUAUUAUACUUACUAUCGCCAAUGCAGUAAGUAUUGUUUUUAUUAUUUCUGACCAGAAGCUACACAAACCCAUGUAUCUUUUGAUUUGCAAUCUGGCUGUUGUUGAUAUUAUGUUUACUUCAAGUGUAGUUCCAACAAUAAUUGGCGUUCUUUUAGAGCAAUGGUAUGGUGUAGUGUUUGUCAUCAUUCUCGGGCCACCUUUUGUAAAUCCUUUUGUAUAUUGUCUCAGGACUAAAGAGAUUAGAUCUAAGCUCUAUCUGCUCAGACCUCAGCCGGUGUCCGUUCAUCCAGCUCUCUUCGCCGGGUGUGUGUUUUCCUCGUGA